AGUGAGCGUGGAAAAGAGGGAGCUGAACGCGGAAGUGGUGGCAGCGCCCGGGUAGCCGGCGGAGGCGGUGACCGCGAAGUCUGAGACGGGAACCGGUCGUCGAGGGGAGGGGCACGGGAUUGGCAGGAAGGCAACCGCCUGGUAGGAUCUACAGGAGGUGCGAGGAGUGGCUGGGCCUUCUUUUUCCACUUGAACGCGCGCUGAGAGCCACGGCUGUGGUGAUGGCGGCAAUUACUCGGUCAGCCCCAGUUAAGCUGCCCUUUGGGAGAUACAUCUGGAAAGUGCUCAGAAGAAACAUCCUGUCAGAAAAACUGAAAAAGCAGUAUUUAUAACACUGGAAUCUGUGGAUAAAUUUGUUAAAAUGGCAGAAAGUAGUGAAAAUAAUAGUAAAAAUAUAGAUGUAAGACCCAAAACUAGUCGAAGUAGAAGUGCUGACAGAAAGGAUGGUUAUGUGUGGAGUGGAAAGAAGUUGUCUUGGUCGAAAAAGAGUGAGAGUUGUUCAGAUGCUGAAACAGUGGAUACUAUAGAGAAAACUGAAGUUCCUUUAAGGAGCCAAGAAAGAAAUCACAGCUGUUCAUCUAUUGAGUUGGACUUAGAUCAUUCCUGUGGUCAUAGAUUUUUAGGCCGAUCUCUGAAACAAAAAUUGCAAGAUGCUGUGGGGCAGUGUUUUCCAAUAAAGAAUUGUAGUAGUCGGCACUCUUCCGGGCUUCCAUCUAGAAGAAAAAUUCAUAUCAGUGAACUAAUGUUAGAUAAGUGUCCUUUCCCACCUCGAUCAGAUUUAGCCUUCAGAUGGCAUUUUAUUAAACGACACACUGCUCCUAUAAGUCCCAAAUCAGAUGAAUGGGUAAGCACAGACUUGUCUCAGAGUGAAUUGAGGGAUGGUCAGCUAAAACGAAGAAACAUGGAAGAUGUAAACUGUUUCUCUCAUACCAAUGUUCAACCUUGUGUCAUAACUACCAACAAUGCUUCAUGUAGAGGUGGUCCCAUGACUGACUCUAUGAUGAACCUAGGUCCAAAUAACAGUAUAGAAGAUAGUGAUAUGGAUUCAGAUGAUGAAAUUAUAACACUUUGCACAAGUUCCAGAAAAAGAAACAAACCCAAAUGGGAAAUGGAUGAUGAUAUCCUACAGUUGGAAACACCUCCUAAGUACCACACCCAGAUUGAUUAUGUUCACUGUCUUGUACCAGACCUCCUUCAGAUCAAUAACAAUCCAUGUUACUGGGGAGUUAUGGAUAAAUAUGCAGCUGAAGCUCUACUAGAAGGAAAACCAGAAGGUACCUUUUUACUUCGAGACUCAGCACAGGAAGACUAUUUAUUCUCUGUUAGUUUUAGACGCUAUAGUCGUUCUCUCCAUGCUAGAAUUGAACAAUGGAAUCACAACUUUAGCUUUGAUGCACAUGAUCCUUGUGUCUUCCAUUCUCCUGACAUUACUGGGCUCCUGGAACAUUAUAAGGACCCAAGUGCCUGUAUGUUCUUUGAACCACUUUUAUCCACUCCUUUAAUUCGGACUUUCCCCUUUUCCCUGCAGCAUAUUUGCAGAACAGUUAUUUGUAAUUGUACAACUUACGAUGGUAUUGAUGCCCUUCCAAUUCCUCCUUCUAUGAAAUUAUAUUUGAAGGAGUAUCAUUAUAAAUCAAAAGUUAGAGUACUCAGGAUUGAUGCGCCAGAACAACAAUGCUAGGAAAAGGGAAGUAACAUGGGAAUAAUUGCAUAUGUAUUUUCAUUUAACAUUUUAUUUUUCUUGUUACUCCUCUUUGAAUUUUUCUACAAAGGCAGUUGGAAUCGAAAAUAAGCCUCUGCUGGAUCUGUUUAUUUUUCUUAUGCUACACUAAUUGUUGGAUGUUAACAUAUAUUUUUAACCAUGUAUGUUCACUUUGGGUUUUUAUUGUGUAAAUUGUAUACUUAAAAUUUUCUUUCCUUAACUUAUAGAUGGUCCAGGCAUAUUUGAAAUUGGGUAGGCAUUACAAAUACAUUUGGAUAUUCUGUAUUUUUCUUUAAUAAUAAACUUAUGUUCUUUUCUACAUGUAAAAUA